UUUAUUUGUAUCGUUGUUUAGUACUCUUUUUGUGUGUAAAUUGUGCGAAUGAUUUAAAUACCCGAUUGUAUUAUUUUAUCAACUGUCAUUUGAUUUCUCCUAUGUCUACGGAACGACCACUGUUCGACAGACGCACGCACAAUGGCGUCCUCCGAUCUGAUAGUGAAUGUAAAUAAUCUGGAGAAAAUAGAGAAUUUUUUCAACGAUUCCACGUACAAAGAGAUAAUCGAAAACAGUGAAACGUUCAACACCCGGCUAUGUCUGGAGCGGAGGUUACGGAUGCCAUUUCUCGACCCGCAGACAGGCGUCGCUCAGAAUCACUGUGCGUUGUUUAUGCACAGCCGUCACCGCAUUCCGGGCUUGAAGAAUGGGCAGGUGUACAGCUACCCGGCCGCUCGCUGGCGUAAAUCCCGUCGUCAGUACUUGCUGCAGAAGCCGCACCCACCAUUUCCGGCGUACACGCACCGCCCGUUUGGACAUUUACAGCCGGCGCCACCACCCUCCAUCCUGCCCGGCAGCGGUAUUGGUGGUGAUCGUGGUGGGGGAGGUGGCGGUGGUGGCGGAAGCACAUACGAUUCGGAAAACUCCAACCUGGACCAGUCCAGUGCGGUUGAUGCGUCCGAUCUGAAGGAGCACGAGUCGGAAAAGGUGGGCAAGGAUUGGUAUUACGACGAGAUGGAAAUGCACGACAUGGAAUCGUUCGAGGAUCACGAUCUGCCCGAUUCCGACUGCGACUAUGAGGAGAGCUUCAGCCAGCGGAAGAAAAAGAACAAGGGCGCCCGGAGUGGUGGUGGCGGCGGCGGGGGUGGCUCUGGCGGUGGGCGCAGCAAAUCAAGCGGUUCGUCACUGUCGGACGCGAACAAUCGCCGUGGUGGCAGAGGUGGCGGCCGGGGCCGAGGACGCAAAUCGCAAGGUAUUGGGGGCGAGUUGGGUCCUAGCUUCAAAGAUAUGGUGGAAACACCGAAAAAGAACCGUGUUCAAACACUACCGAACCUCACACCCCAAUCGAACAGCUCAUCCCCACUGACCCUACCCGGAGGAGGCACUGGAGGAGGUGGAUCAGAAGAGCUGCCGAUGCAGGAACUGGUGAAAGUAAAAGUGGAAGUGAAGGUCGAGGGUACCGAUGAUCCCACGGACGGUGGACAACCGAAGCUGGGCAACAAUCGGCCCGGCCCGGCCCCGAAUCACUCCAGUGGUGGGCUUGGCACUAACAACGCUGCUGGUGGACCGAUGGCUGCCCUGACUGGUGCGGCUGCAUCGGCCGGUGGAGCUCCACCAUCCUCGAUCGUGAGUGGUCCUCCGAUCGGCCCAGGCGUUGGCCCCGGUGGUGGUCCGGCUGUUGGUGGUGGCGGUGGGGGUGGCGGUGCCGUAGAGAAAAGCCGAGCAGUACCCUCGCCCUACUGUGACUUCUGUCUGGGCGAUGCACGGGAAAACAAGAAAACGUUCGAACCGGAAGAGCUGGUAUCCUGUUCGGACUGUGGCCGCUCGGGACAUCCGUCCUGUUUGCAGUUCACCGCGAAUAUGAUCAUUUCCGUGCGGAAGUAUCGGUGGCAGUGCAUCGAGUGCAAAUAUUGCACCAUAUGCGGCACAUCGGACAACGACGAUCAGCUGCUGUUCUGCGACGACUGUGACCGUGGCUACCAUAUGUACUGUUUGUCGCCACCGCUUGUUUCACCGCCCGAAGGCUCCUGGAGCUGCAAACUGUGCAAGGAAGAAUUCCACAAGCCCAAGUAAGCAGAUAGGCAGCGAGGAGUAGGUAUGAUUUUUUUUUAAAUUACGCACUACAUUUAGUUUUCCCCCAAGCAAGAAGGAAAAUGACAAGACAACGGACACGCGCGUGUUCGCAUGAAAUCAGUAAGGUCAGAUGGCGAGGUAUUACAUAGACACUACGGUAAAACGACAAUUUAGUAUUAUGUGCGAAGACACACGCAAGCAAUUGUACUAUGACUUCGAUACCGAACAUCCGAUGAUCGGAUCGCACUAAUCGAUAUUAACUCUCUCACUAGAUAACUAUUGCUCACUCUCGGAAACCGAAUGGUGGAAUGCCAUUUUUAUAAUGUACCUCUAUUUUAAAACUACCAACCCUUAACGCAACCCUUUCUUUCCCUUGUACCGAUUUGUAUUUUGUGUAACGAGUUAGAUCUGUUUGUGUAUGUGUGUUUUUUGUAUUUAAAUUUGUUCUCCGUUUUUUGUUUUAGUCCAUUCGAAACCAUAUAAUGCAUUUUUGCUAGUUUUAUUCUCUACCGAUUAAGAACAGUACUUAAGCACUAGCUAAGCAAUAAGAAAAGUCUAGCUCCGAUUAGUGGAAAACUCCCCCGAUACACGGGACGCAUGGCGUAAUGGCCAUUAGCCUCCCUUUUCUUUCUCUCUCUCUCUAUAUCUCUCUACUUCAGCAUUAAAUGUAACUUGUGUUAAAAGAAAAAAUGCCAUUCACUGUCUUCUGCAAUGAUGAAUGAAAUGAAAGCUUUUAAAGAAACUGUUCGCUACUCCUAUAAUAAUCAUGAUAAGGUCGCGCAAUACCGUUUGCUACAGAAACGCGAUAGAAUACAACUAAUAUUCUACACUACUCUUAAGCGCAGCUCUCGGCGUACAAUAAUAUCAACGUUUUUCAAGUGCGUUUUAAUUUACACGAUUGUCGUUUGCUU